AUGGCAGACAGCUCAGUGAGAGAUUGUCACAGUGACGAGUGUCGAGAUGAUAUCCCUUUGAAAGAGUCGGGCAGCAGCGAUAUAAUUGAUGAUGAAACGAUCGAGUACCCGUCUACAAUCAAAUUUCUUCCUAUCCUCAUAGGACUUUGCUUUCAGUCCUUCUGCAUCGCGCUGGACAAUACCAUCCUCGCGACAGCCGUACCGAAGAUCACCGAACAAUUCAACUCUUUGGAAGACUUAUCUUGGUAUGCCAGUGCUUACCUUCUGACAUCGUGCGCGGUCACACUCCCCUUCGGCAAGAUUUACACCUACUAUUCCACGAAAUGGACGUACAUGAUCGCCCUCGGUUUAUUCGAGAUCGGGUCACUGGCAUGUGCGGCUACGCCAACCUCCAAGGGAUUGAUACUGGGAAGAGCGAUUGCAGGGAUUGGGUCAGGUGGAUUAUCACCCGGUGCACUAUUAGUGCUGGCUAAUAGUGUGCCCCUCCACCGACGCGCUCUAUAUUUUGGCAUAAUUGGGAGCACGAGCGGGAUUGCAACCGUCACUGGGCCAUUGCUGGGUGGACUAUUGACGGACCAUCUGAGUUGGCGAUGGUGUUUCUAUAUCAAUCUUCCUCUUGGUGCAAUUACGGGUAUCUUUAUCGCUGUAUUUUUCAAGGACGUGAAACCGAGGAAAACGAUCGAAUCAGGACGAAUGAACAAAGUCAAACGGAUGGAUCCACUCGGGAUUAUGCUUUUUAUCCCCGGAAUUAUAUCGAUUCUUCUGGCUUUGCAGUGGGGCGGCACAAAGUAUGAAUGGGCAAAUGUGCGUAUCAUUGUACUCUUCGUCUUAUUUUCAAUAUUCUCUUUGGCCUGGUGCUAUGUUCAGCACUGGAAACAAGAAGAAGCUACCGUUCCUCCUCGCCUACUCAUGAACCGCAAUAUUCUUGGCGCUGUCAUACACGCAACUUUUCUCGGGGGCUCUUUCUUCGUGUUCGGGUACUAUCUUCCUAUCUGGUUCCAGGCUAUCGAGCAGGUCUCAGCAUCCGUGUCCGGAAUCAACAAUCUCCCAAUGGUUGUCUCAAUGAUCAUCUCCUCAGCGCUUGGAGGACUCAUGGUGAAUUUGAUUGGGUACUACACACCCCUAAUGUUCGUCGGCAGUGCCCUCCUCACAAUCGGCUCCGGCCUCUGUACGACAUUUCAAGUUCACACAGGAACCGGCAAGUGGAUCGGCUACCAGAUUGUAAUAGGUAUUGGCGCAGGGCUCGGGUUCCAACAGUGCAUUAAUUGCCUGCAAACCGUUCUACCAUUGGAUGAUAUUCCGAUUGGAAUUGCGAUAAUCACAUUUGCUCAAAGUUUGAGCGGCGCAUUGUUUAUUUCCAUCGCACAAACCGUGUUCCAAAAUCGCCUGGUGGCCAGCAUCACCAAGUACGCCCCAGAAAUUAGCCCAGGAGCUAUCAUCGAUGCUGGGGCAGCCCAUCUGUCCCACAGUAUCCCAAAGCAGGCUCUUCCAUCUGUGUUAUAUGCUUAUAACAUUGCGGUUACGCAGACAUUUUAUGUUUCUGUUGCUGCCGCUGCCCUCUCCUUCGUUGGAGCUGCGCUUGUUCAAUGGAAGUCUAUGAAACGACCUCAGAAGUAUGCAUGA